AUGGAAAUCUCCGGUGUGGAAGGACCUUGUGCCUUUGAACUGAUGAAGGGUUGUUUCGGACCAGAAGAUACACAGCCCGGCUCAACAUUAACACCUGAAUCCUCUAUGCGUGGGUGCAAGUCGCAGUCUCAAGAUGGUUUGACUGGCGGUACAAAUGUUGGCAAGCCUUCAGAUACAUUGAUUCCGAGUUUAGAACAUGGCAGAUAUUUGUACCCUCGACCCCGACCAACUUUUCUAUCACAGUCGUCACCUUCAACAUCCAAAAAAGGUAAAGAGCGAGCGCGCGUAGACUCUGAUGUGGAGUAUGUGCCUGAAGAAGACGAUAUGUUUGACAAACAAGAUGUUGAAAGCAAUGGAGAUGGAAAUGAAGAAACAAAAGGUGUGGGGUCUGACAUGGAGUUUGAAAGCGAGAAACCAGAUAAAGAAGCUUCUGGAACCGGCUUCUUUAAAAAACCAAGCACGAAGUCGUGGAUGGAAAUGAGAGGUUUGUUGCUCAAAGCAAACAAAAGGAUUGAUGUACUUGAAUCUGAAUUGAAGAGUUUGACUAAAGUUGUAAGAAAGAGUUUGGGGUCUACUGGUGAAGUAGAUGCUCAAGCAAAGCCCGGUGGUGGAAGAACAGCGGUAAGCAGUGCUCAUCUUUCCUGA